CCCACCAUAGCCACGCCAUCAUUAGAGAAAUUUACACCAAAGACGUCUGCAAUCAUAAGCAUAGUUUUGUUGCACCAGAGCCAACAUGGGUUUCUGUUGCAGCUUUCAGUCAAUGCUUAUAUAAAACCAAAGAGAUAGGCCCCUUAAGUUUAUUGCAGACUGAGUCGAGAAUGGAAAUGAGGAAGAGCAAGAAGGGACUUUUUGUGGUAAUUCUGUUGGCAAUUUGGCUGAAUUGUCUGUUGAAUGCAGAGGAAGAAGAGCUCCGUUUGCUGUUGCGAAUAAAAGAGUCUGUGCAAGACACGGGCAAUUAUCUGAGGAACUGGGAUGCCUCUUCCUCUGCUGGUUCUCCCUGUGCAUGGGGAGGAAUCGUGUGCAAUAGGGAAGGAUCUGUGGUUCGAAUUGAUCUUCAGGGGAGUCAUCUCAGAGGCCAAAUUCCUUCUGGAUUCUGCGGUCUUAAGAGCCUCCAAAGCCUUCGAUUGGAUAGAAAUGCAUUUCAUGGCAGCUUUCCAGUAGAGCUUCUGAAUUGCAGUAAGCUGGAGAUUCUGACUCUUUCUAACAAUCAAUUGACCGGGGCCUUGCCGGAUUUGAGUCCUCUGAAAUCCCUGAAGAAGCUGGACUUGUCCUCCAAUGACUUUUCCGGCGAUUUUCCCGUGUCUGUGUGUCAUUUGACAAGCCUGGUGUAUUUGGCUGCCGGUUCCAAUCCAUUCAAUCCAAGAAGAUUGCCUGAGGAGCUCAUGAUGCUGAAGAAUCUCAACUGGCUCUACCUGUCUACCUGCAAUUUCAUUGGCGAAAUCCCACCUUGGGUCGGGAAUUUGACAGAACUGGGCAAUCUGGAGCUUUCGGAUAACCACUUGAAAGGAACCAUUCCCAAGGAAUUAAGCCGCCUGAAGAAGUUGUACCAGCUGGAGCUCUACAGAAACUCUCUCAGCGGCCACAUUCCGCCGGAAUUGGGCAACCUUACUUCGCUGAGAGACUUCGAUGCCUCGCGGAACUUUCUGAGCGGGAGUAUUCCGGCGGAAUUCGGGAACCUGAAGAACCUGGUUUUCAUUCAAUUGUAUCAGAACAAUCUGUCUGGUCCAAUUCCUGAGGGGUUUGGAGAGAUGAAGCAUUUGUUUGCAAUUUCAAUGUACCAGAAUUCCCUGACUGGGUCCUUGCCUGCAAAGUUGGGUUCGCUCUCCAAUUUCAAUAUGAUGGACGUUUCGCAGAACAGACUCAGCGGCCCGCUUCCGCCGGAUUUGUGCAAAGGGGGCAAUUUGCAGUACAUCCUGGUUCUGGACAAUGAAUUUUCCGGCGAGAUACCUGAGUCUUAUCAGUACUGCAAGAGCGUGCUGCGUUUUCGCGUCAACAAAAAUAAGCUGAGCGGGAGGAUUCCACAAGGCAUUUGGGGAUUACCCCACGUUUCCAUCAUCGAUCUCAGCCUCAAUGAUUUUGAAGGCCCAAUUGGCGCUGACAUCGGAAAUGCCAGGAAUUUGUCCGAGUUGUAUCUGCAGAGAAAUCGGUUUCAGGGGCCCCUGCCCCCGGAAAUCGGACGGGCCAUCAAUCUGAACAAAAUCGACGCCAGCCGCAAUCAGCUGACGGGAUUCAUUCCGCCGGAGAUUGGGAAACUGAGCAUGUUGAGCAACCUUCUGUUGCAGGAGAAUCAGCUCUCUGGACAUAUCCCGGCUGAAUUGGGACGCUGUAAAUUUAUGUCUUCUAUCAAUCUUGCAAAGAAUAGAUUAACUGGGUCGAUUCCUGGGUCGCUUGGAUCCAUUGAAGUGUUGAAUUAUCUGAAUUUGUCUGACAACAUGCUUUCAGGACAAAUUCCCAGCAGCCUCGCGUCUCUGAAGCUGAGUUCUGUUGAUUUCUCUGUAAACUCGCUGGAAGGGCCGGUUCCCCUGGAGCUCAUCAAUGAGGCUGAAAAUAGGAGCUUUACAUCAAAUCCAGGCCUUUGUGGGCAGGGACUGAAAUAUCUGCAGCCCUGUGAUAUUCGCAGAAAGAGCUUGUAUGACGCGAGGUUGAUUGCUGGAUGGAUUUUUGGAAUCUUGUUCACAAUUUUUGUAAUUGCGUGCUUCAUGGUGCGAAGAAGAAAGUUGCACAAGCGAGACAACAAGGUGGACAGCAGGGCAUUUUGGGAUAUUAAAUCCUUUCACAAGCUGACCUUUGAUGAGCACGAAGUUUUGGAAGCCAUGGAUGAGGAGCAUGUCAUUGGCCAAGGGGGCUCGGGCACUGUGUACAGAAUUGAGCUCAGUAAUGGAGAAUCCGUCGCUGUGAAGAAGCUAAGGAGCUGCAAAAAUAGCUCAAUCCCUGACAAUUAUGAUCCCAGAGUCAGAGAGCGCCUCAAGGCCGAGGUGGAGACAUUAGGGACGAUCCGCCACAAGAAUAUUGUCAAGCUCUAUUGCUGCUUCACCAAUGGCGACUCAAAUAUGCUUGUCUAUGAGUACAUGCCCAAUGGUAACCUGUGGGACGCUCUGCAUGGGAGCCUAACUCUUGGAGGAGGAACCAUUGACUGGCCUACUCGUUACAAGAUAGCUCUUGGGGUUGCCAAUGGACUUUCCUAUCUCCACCAUGACUGCAGGCCACCUAUCAUUCAUAGGGAUGUCAAAUCUACUAAUAUCUUGCUUGAUUCAGAUUACCAGGCUCGUGUUGCAGAUUUUGGGUUUGCUAAAGUUUUCCAAGCCUGUGCCAGAGGUGACUCCGUGACUUCUGCUAUUCCUGGUACACUUGGGUACUUUGCUCCAGAGUACGCAUACUCUACAAAAGUGACAGUGAAGAGCGACAUUUACAGCUUUGGAGUGGUGCUAUUGGAGCUGAUAACAGGCAAAAACCCAGUGGAGGAAGAGUUUGGAGAGAACAGGGACAUUGUGUACUGGAUCUCGCGCAAGGUUCUGAGCAGAGAAGGAGCUUCCGAGGUGCUGGAUUCCAGAAUCUGGCAUUCCUACAAGAAUGAGAUGAUACAAGCCCUAAAAAUUGCUGUUAUGUGUGUCAAUAAACUGCCCAACGAGAGGCCAUCAAUGCGAGACGUGGUGCAGAUGCUCUUGGACGCCAAUCCUUGUCUGUUCAAGACAUCAAAAGAUGAGGACCCCAAAAAGCUAGUAAAACAGGCACCUUUAAUGGCGGACAAUAUUCCUUCCUCACCAAUUUGCAAAGAUGUCUGUGAUUGCAAACCUCAGUAUAAAGUAUAAAUCUGGUACAAAAUCGAAUCAUAUAAAAAUGGGUCCAUCCGGUUUAGAUCAACUCGAAUCCACCGGUGGCCUUUAUUCUCUUUGUUUUCUACUGCACAACUUUGCUGCAAAGCAUACGUACGAAAGAUUCACAAGGCAUCCAUGACAGCAAUUCUCCAUGUAUUCAAGCUCUAAAGCUAACCAGAAAAAAAGUAAGAGACAAGUAGAAAUAAAAAUUGUACAUAACCCAAAAAUUUCUGUUCAGUCCUUACGUUCUUGCCUCUAACGGAUUAGGGUUUUUUUCCUUGCCUUGUAAUUUUGUAAGAGUUCAAUGCUACUCGUAUGUAAAUACAGGAGGCAAUUUUCAUGGUGA